UUGAUCAUUUCUUCAUUAAUUACUGCGGGAGUGCAACCCCGGCUAGAAAAUGAUCACAUAGCCAAAUUCACUAUUUUUCUACUUUUUUCCGGUUUAUUUUUUUCUGAAAUAUCAAGAACGAGAAAAGAAGUAGUAUCCAACGCCAUGAGUGUAGCCGACCAAGAAAAUUACGACUUUGGCGAUCGAGGUGGUCGCCUCUGCGAUUUCUGCAACGAAUCGAAAGCCCUGCUUUACUGCCGGGCUGACUCCGCAAGACUUUGUUUCAACUGCGAUAGGGAAGUACACUCCACUAACCCACUCUUCAAGAAACACAACCGCUCCCUUCUCUGCGAUUCCUGCAAUUCUUCGCCUUCUUCAAUUUUCUGCUGCUCUGAGUCCGCCGUGCUUUGUCAGAACUGCGACUGGGAGAACCACAACAACUUUAAGUCUAUUCAUGACCGAAGACCGAUUGAGGGGUUUAAUGGGUGCCCUUCUGUGAGUGAGUUGUUGAAUUUUCUUGGUUUGGAGGACUUGGGGAAGAAAAGUUUGGUUUUUGGUGGAGGGAACGAUGAGGGUUUUCUGGAUUUGUUGGUCUGGGAGACUCCUGCGGUUGUGAGUCUUGAUGAUUUGAUUGUUUCGAACAAUUCUGUGGAUUCUGGGCUUAGUUUUCAGGCUAUGGGGGUCCCUCCUUUGCCGAAGAACCGAAAUGCAGCAUGUGGCAAACACAAAGAAGAAAUACUCUGCCAACUUCGGGAGAUGGCUAAAGCAGAACCCAACUUUGAUGGUUCCAUGCAAGAACUUGAUCCUGUUGAAUUUCAAUCACUAGUGCCUGGAAAGUGUCAGUUGAGGGAUAUCAGUCCAGGCCCUGAAAGUAAUGCAGAGCCGAUAUCAGUUCCUUCAUAUGAGACAAGUACACUUAAUUGGUUUGAUUUUACUGGUGGGGUUGAAGAUAAAGGCUUUCCUUCCACAUUUGUCGGAAGCUUCAACGAGAUGAACCACUUGGUACCUGACAAGGAUUCAGAUGUUGGCGACUGUACAGGUAUUGCAAAUGGUCUCCAAGAAGUUCAAUCAUCUAUUCCUGUCGAUUCCAAGUCUUUUCAAGGGCUUCCUAUAUCCGGAGUACGUGAAUUGAACACCCAGGAAAGAGACUCUGCAAUCUCACGGUACAAAGAGAAAAGGAAAACUAGAAGGUACGACAAGCACAUUAGAUAUGAAUCAAGGAAAGUUCGUGCAGAAAGUAGGACGAGAAUAAAGGGUCGAUUUGCGAAGAUGGACCGCUAAGAAUCUUUGAUGCUGGAAAUUUGGCAGAAAGUAGGUUAAAGAUUUCUCCAUAUUUUGCAAACAUGGAAUGAGGAAACUUUACAUUCUUUCCGUAGUGGUAUGCACUUAUGCGGUUUCAAUUGUAUUGUUUCAAUUGGCAAGUUUGUACUAACAGCAGUGAGUAGCCAAACUCUAGUUUAGCCUUGGUCCUAAUGUCAAAUUUAGGGAGUUGUGAAGACAUCUAUUUUCUUCUCCCCGCUUUCUCCUUACGAAUGUGUAUAUGGAUAUGAUGAGAUAUCUGUUGUAUGUUUGUAGCAUGUAAAUGUGUAAUUUGUAAUUUGCGUUGUCUCAUAAAUAGUAUGUUUCUUGCCUUUCACUA